CAAACAAGGUAGAAGAUGGCUGAUAUUCGCGCUAGAAAGGAGCUGUUUUCGUGGACUGACGAUGAGGUAGAACUUCUGCUACAUGUCACACUAGACUACAAAACUACCAAAAUACUGGAGAAUGUUGACUGGGAGUCCUGCAAGCUAAAAUAUAGCGGGAUAGGGGACUUAUUUCAGGCGCAAUAUCCGAGGACCCGGACAGAGAAAGAUUUCCCUCACGACAAGAUCUCCAUUACACAGGGCCAGCUUACAGCGAAGCUCAAGCAAGUUCGCAUUAAGUACAGGCAGGCGGUGGACCUUGGGCGUCGGAGUGGCCAAGGACGUGUUGUGUACAUGUUCUUCGGGCUGUGUGAACAGAUCUGGGGUGGCUCCGGCGUCGAGACGGGGGACUGGCUCGACUUGGAAGCGUCCUCGCCCGGACCAAGUUCAUCCCCGAGUUUGGAGCGUCCCAACGAUUCGCCAGAGUCGAGUGAAUCCAACGGAAGUCUGCCAACUGCUGCGGUUGUAAGGCAUCGCAGGGAUCUGCUCCAGGCACCGCUGAACGGCCACAGAAGUGACCGCCUGAAGAGAAAGCUUCCAGCUGAACACGCAGUGCUGGAAGACCUCCAAAUAAAAAAGAGGAUGUUGGCCCUAAUGGAGCUAACCUCCAGCCGCAGCGCAGCCAGCAUGGAUCGGAUGAAUACCACCAUGGACAACAUUAACAGCACCAUUCAGGGUGGCCUUUCCCUGAUCAGGGAAUUAAUGCAUGCACCCCCCCACAGUAGCAACGGUGGAUAUGGACACUUCCAGGAGCCCUCAUCUCCAUUCAUUCCUUAAAGGCCACACCCGGCUACGCUGGACUACACACCAAGAGCAAACCCCUCACAUGCAGACGAUGACCCCUGACACCCCACAAGCUCCUUCGUUUUCAUUCAGGCAGUCACUGUUUCAGGAGGACUUAUAAAGCAGUGAGCUUCAGGUUUUUUUUUCCCGCACUUUUUGUUCAAAGGAAGUCUGGAAACAUUUGUAUUUUUAACUUUGCACAUUGAUUGGAGAAUCACAUUUUUUUUUUGUAGCUAGCAAAGGUGUUUUUUUCUUUUCUUUUACUGUGUACACCUUGUAGCUCUUACAACAAAUAAUGUUCUUAAUAAAAACCUUGCA